AGUUGAUUGCCGGCAUUCGUGUAGCGAGCAUGAUUUCAACGCCAACGCGACUUUCCCUACAUUUCCCGUAGAGCGUCGACUCAAAAAGGUAGAAAAAAGUAUAAUUCGAAAAAUUUCCUAUUUAAAAUUAAAUUUUCAUAGUUUGAUUGGAAGAUAAAUAUUCUUUAGAAAUUGAUACUAACUGAAAUUAAUUGAACUUUGGUUGUGUUUUUAGUGAUAUUGUGAUUGAAUAACGCAAAAAAGCCGUUUGGUGACAGAAAUAUCGUGUUAGUGGAUUAUCACUUGUUGAUAACAUAAAUCAUAAAUACAAACGUAUUUAGGUGAGCGUUUUCAAUAACCAACGAUCCGAAAUGGAAUGAGUCUUUGUUAAAUGAAAUGAUGAUGACCCUCAAACCCAAAUGAGAUUCUCCUAUCCUGGUACAGAAGAGAAUUUUCGUAUGGCGACGUCUACAACUGUGAUACCGGCGAUUAUUAACGAUACGAAAAAUGUAACUCAGGAAGAUACAUCGGGCUAUAAUCAAGUGGAAAGUAUAAUCAUAUCUCUCAUUCUUGUUUCUAUUAUCAUUGGUACAAUAGUCGGCAAUAUAUUAGUCUGCGUUGCUGUAUGUCUUGUUAGAAAAUUGAGGAGACCCUGUAACUAUCUCUUGGUCAGUUUGGCUGUGAGCGAUCUCUGUGUGGCUAUUUUGGUGAUGCCGAUGGCAACUUUCUACGAAAUCAAUGGUAAAUGGAUAUUCGGAGAGAUUAUGUGCAAUUUAUGGGUCAGUUUCGACGUGCUCAGUUGUACGGCAUCAAUUCUAAACCUGUGUAUGAUAAGUGUAGAUCGGUACUACGCUAUAACAAAACCUCUCGAAUACGGGGUAAAACGGACACCGAAAAGAAUGAUUUUGUGGGUGAUAUUAGUUUGGUGUUUCGCAGCGUGUAUUUCUCUACCGCCGCUAUUAAUUUUAGGAAACGAACAUUCGGAAAUGGGGGCAAACGGGCGUCCCACAUCAAACGUGUGCUUAGUGUCACAAGACUUUGGGUAUCAAGUAUACGCCACAAUGUGUAGUUUCUACAUACCUCUAACUGUGAUGAUGGUAGUUUAUUACAAGAUAUUUCGAGCUGCUCGUCGAAUAGUUAACGAAGAAAAACGAGCGCAAAGUCAUUUGGAGAGUCAUUGCUAUUUGGAAAUCAGCGUUAAAAACGGCGGAGGACCUCCGGAGAACAAAAUUUCUAGUCAAAGUCCAUCACCAGGCAAUCCCGCGAAGAUAAAUCAUCGAUCUAGUUCCGCUAGUACAAAUACCAUGUGCAGCCUAGAUAAAACAUCUUUAGGUAGGUGCUUCAAAUCUCGUCACAGCAACGAAUCGCAAUGCCCAAUGCUAUCGAACAAAAAUCCCGUCACGAAACAGUCUCGGGACCAUCAGAAGCAUCAUAAAUCUUCACUAUUGUCUACAUUGAAAACAUCCCCCAGCACUUCCAGUCAUCAAAAGAAGUUGCGGUUUCAGUUAGCCAAAGAAAGGAAGGCUAGUACCACUUUAGGUAUCAUAAUGAGUGCUUUCACGUUCUGCUGGCUGCCAUUUUUUGUUUUGGCGCUCGUAAGGCCGUUUUUAGAAACAACAAACGCUUUGAAAACACUGGCGACAUUGUUCCUUUGGUUGGGUUAUGCAAACAGUUUGCUCAAUCCCAUAAUUUAUGCUACGCUUAACAGGGAUUUUCGAAAACCUUUUCAAGCGAUCUUGUACUGUCGUUGUGGUAGCUUAAACCACAUGAUGCGUGAAGAAUUUUAUCACAGUCAGUACGGCGAUCCAGAUCACCACAUCAAUAGAUGCCACAUGGACUACGAAGAAGGAGUCGAAUAUAUAGAAGCUGAUGGAGAAGAAGUUAAAGUACCUGAAGCAGAUACGGCUGCGCACGAGUCAUUUCUAUGAUUUUCGAUAGAUAAAGGCAGAUCUAGUGAAAUGAAUUUUCCAAUAACAGAGACAAUUAUUGAAUAACCACUGUAUGGAAGGAAGUACCCGGACAUCGUUUGAAUUGAUCAUAUUUCCAAUGGCCAAAUUAUUCUACAUGAAUUUCACUUUUGACGGAAAACAUACCGCAAAACACAACGUGCUAAAGUUCGUAAAUAGAACUGGAACAUACUAUAAAUAAGCAUCGUAGAGAAGUGCAACAUUGGCAUUAAUUUGGUUAGUGAUUUAUGAUACAAUACAAAUGAACCACUGCCUUCCAAUCUCUGUUAUUAAGAAAGAUUAAACUACAUGCAAACUAAUUCUAAGUUCGAAUUGUAGAUUCAAGUAGUACGCAGAGAAGUGGAAAGCUGAAAAUUAGUAAUUAUUAAACUGUAUUCCUAUUUUGUUCGUUGAGUAAUUAAAGUAGUAACCUUUUAUAAUCUUCAUAGAAACAUUAUCUUAUUAAUUAGUGACACUAAUUAAACCACCUGAACACAAGAUUCACGUAAAACAUAAGAAAAAAAUAAGUUUAGCAAAAGCAUUUCGCAACUGAAGAAUAGUUGGAAAAAAUUUGUGCAUUCUACAGGGUGUUCCGGGAAUUUGGGAGUGAGUAGAUGACGUGAAAAUAUUGAUGUCAUAUGAAUAAAUUUUUUUCAUACGACCCCUCAUUUUUGAGUUAUAUGAUAAAGAGUUGUGAACUCAGAACUUAUAUUUAAGUUUAUUUACUAACUUAAACAUUAUGAAUUUUGAAUGAAUGAUCAUGUAUGCCCGUAAAGUGUACUAAUACUUUUACAGGGUCAACCUGUAUAGUCUAAAGAUGGCAAAAAUGAGUUUUUCAAUCGAUUAUCAUUUUUGGUUUUAAUAAAAAUACCUGAAAUUAUUUUUGUUUGAAAUACUUCGAGCAAAAGAAAUUUCCAGAAAACAUGAUCUUGUCCAAAGUACUUCUGGAACUCGGAUUGCUCAUGUUUUUCUUUUUAAAACAUUUUUUGUUUGAAGCCCUUUUGAGCCAAAAAAAAUUUCAUCUAAAACAUCUUUAAAACAUUUCUUGUCUGUAUCACCCUGGAGACCGUGGAAAAUUCUUUUUUUGGUUUAAUUUUUCUGCUAAAAAACUUGUUUGAAACACCUACAAUAAAUUUUUUUAAAUCAAAAUACCUGAAAUCAUUUUUCUGCGAAAAUUAUGCUUCAAACUUUUAUGAAAUAUUUUUUCCAGAACCGUCUAUUUAAAACGCUUGAAAACAUUAUAUUGGCCCAAGCACAUACAUUUUCUUAACUUGAGAAUGUCGGAAAUUCUUUUGUUUGAAACAUGUUCGAAAUAUUUUUUUUUCUGGAACAUUACGAUCUAGCACGAAACAUAUUUUGUCUGAAACAUCUUUUAACUGUUUUUUAUUUGAAACACUUCGAGCCAACAUAAAAAUUUCAUCUGAUUAAGCCACUACAAAUUUUGACUGAAACAUCUUUGAAACUUUUUUGUAAAAAACACGUAAAAUAUUUAUUUCUAUUUAUUCAAAAAACAUGUUAAAAACAAGAUUAUUUCAUUUCAAACAUUGUGAAGUAUCAUUAUUUACUGGAAGUAAUCAUCCAUCAAAAAUUCAUAAUGUUCAAAUGUAUAAUUUAGAAAAUAUACUCAAAUAUAAGUUCUGAUUUCGCAAAAUUAAAUGCGUAUAACUCAGAAACGGGGGGUCGUAUGAGAAAUUUUUUUAUGUCACAGUAUUAUUUUCACGUCCCGAAUUUUUUGCAUCAAGUCCUGGAACACUCUGUAUAGGAGUGAAACGACUCUUUCGAUAACCAAAAAAGACCAAUAUUUAUUUAUAUUGGAGUGUUAAGAUUAUGAAAGCCAUCAAAAUGUUAAUUCAAUACUUGGUGUGUCCGUUGGGUAGAAAUUCAAUUUCUACAUCAAUUAUUUAGUUAAAA